CCAUCAUAUCAUCAUAUUAUCGUCUGUGUCUUCUCUUUGGCUCACUAUCUAAGAAACCCUAAUUUAUUCUAUAAAAAUGGCUAUUGACAUGAGUCUUUCCUUCGCUUAUCCAUUUGUGAGUCUCGACCUUUGUCUCAGCAUUGUCCUCUUCAUCUCCCUUUUCGUUUUCUGGUUAACACCAGGUGGCUUUGCUUGGGCACUAUACAAAGCUCGUUUCCACACCCGACCAGAAUCCAAAACCCUACCCGCCAUUCCUGGCCCGUCUGGUCUCCCCAUCAUUGGCCUCCUCUUAGCCUUCGUUAACAACGCCUUGACACACAGAAUCCUCGCCAAUAUCGCUAACUCUUGCAAAGCAAAAGCUCUCAUGGCGUUCUCGGUCGGGUCUACCCGGUUUGUGAUAACUAGCGAACCGGGGACGGCCAAAGAGAUCUUAAACAGCUCGGCUUUCGCGGACCGGCCUGUGAAAGAGUCGGCUUACGAGCUGCUUUUUCAUAGAGCUAUGGGGUUUGCUCCAUUUGGUGAUUACUGGAGAGAGCUGAGGAGAAUCUCUUAUACUCAUCUCUUUAGUCCUAAGAGGAUCUCCUCUUUCGGAGAAUCACGUCGAAUAAUCGGGGAAAAUAUGGUAGGAGAGAUCAAGAACGCAAUCAAAAGUUAUGGAGAAGUGCAUGUCAAACGAAUCUUGCAUUUUGGAUCACUUAACAACGUGAUGUCUAGCGUUUUCGGCAAAACAUAUGACUUCAACGAUGGUAGUAUCGUUAACUCGAAGUUGGAGCAUUUGGUAUCCGAAGGCUAUGAGCUUCUUGGAAUAUUCAACUGGAGUGAUCAUUUCCCGGGAAUGAGGUGGUUAGAUUUACAAGGCGUAAGGAGAAGAUGCCGUAGCUUGGUCGGUAAGGUGAAUGUGUUUGUCGGAAAUAUUAUCGAGGAGCACAAAUCAAAGAGGUCUCUUCGUGAUAAUAAAGAAGAAAAGGGCACUAAUGAUGAUGACUUUGUUGAUGUCUUACUUGGCAUGCAAGGCAACAUCAAACUUUCAGACUCUGACAUGAUUGCCGUCCUUUGGGAAAUGAUUUUUAGGGGAACAGACACCGUGGCGAUUCUAUUGGAAUGGAUCCUUGCGAGGAUGAUUCUUCACCCUGACAUUCAAGCCAAGGCGCAGGCCGAGAUCGAUGCCAUCGAGGGUGAAAUGGGACGCCAAGUCUCAGACUCAGACCUCUCCAAGCUUCCAUACAUUCGUGCCAUCGUCAAGGAAACCCUAAGGAUGCACCCACCUGGUCCUCUCCUCUCAUGGGCUCGUCUCUCUAUUCACGACACUCAAAUUGGGACCCACUUUAUCCCCGCUGGGACCACUGCCAUGGUUAACAUGUGGGCGAUAACCCAUGAUGAAAAGGUCUGGCCGGAGGCUCAUGAGUAUAAGCCAGAGAGGUUUCUUGGUUCACAAGAAAGUGAUAACUUUCCCAUUAUGGGAUCUGAUUUGAGGCUUGCUCCCUUUGGUGCUGGACGUAGGGUCUGUCCUGGUAAGUCUAUGGGUAUAGCUACUGUGGAGUUAUGGCUGGCUCAGUUGCUAGGUAGCUUCAAGUGGGUUCCCUGUGGUGAAGUAGAUUUGAGCGAGACUUUGAAGCUCUCACUGGAGAUGAAGAACUCUCUUGUUUGUAAGGCAAUUCCUAGGGUUUAAUAAGUGUUUUGUUGGCUUUCAAACUAUGCCAUUUUAUAUCUCUCUCGGUUUUGUUUGAUUUACCGUGGGAGAUAUCUAAUUACUGCCCUUUUAUUUUCUGUCACUAGCUACAUCUAAAUAAAUUAGUCUAAAAAGUUUCUACCGUGUUUAAGUAUCAGAAUUCCAAUAAGAAAGUUUGUUUCAAAUUAUUAUAUUUUCUCAUUCUAUCAAGUUUUAUUGACCAAAUAUGUUGUAAUAUUUUCUCAUGCAAUUAAUACCAAAAUGUUCAUUUACGUAAACUUGUUACAUUUUACUCGGAAAUAUAUACUUUAGUUUUACAAUUUUUAGAAUUUUAAGUAUUUGAAUAAAUUCAACAUUAAAAUGUCUUGUUGAGGAAAUCUAAACCAUAAUUUGGAAAAGGGUAAUCAUGGUUUGUUAGUUUUGUUUGAAAUUUAUUUAGUAAAAACAAGAACUUUUCACAUAAAGUUACAUUAGUUUGGAGUUUCAGAUUUGGUUUACUAGGUUUGGAACAAAAACUAAUUUUGAAAUGUUUUAUGCUAUUCUCUAUAUAGGUUGUAUAUAUCUCUUUUUCAGUCUUUUGAUAGUUUGGCUUAUUGUUGUGGUUUUUGUUUGCUAACAAAUCAUGUACUUAUGUUACAACGUAACUAGGAGUUAACAAAUACAGUG